UACAUAUACACCCUAGAACUUUCAAGAUCGUGAACCAUGAUAAAGAAGACCGUAUGCUUGAAAAUUUAUUCAAAAUGCCCCUUCUUAAAUAUAUACAAUUUUUCUAUAUAUAAUUUUGCCCCUCCUACAACGAAAUCCUGGCUCCGCCCCUGAUCCCUAUUGUAGAUCCUCGAAGAGGUAAUAUUCCCCCACGAGUCCUGCGGGGACAACUUCUCGUUCCUGGUGAAGGGAACUAAACAUUUUCCAUAUAUAUUCUCAACUCGGAAGCCCGAAGAUCCCAUGGACUUCAUGUCUAUUUUUGGCAAACUUGAGAUAAAUAUGCGCCCUUCAUCUGUUAAACAGAUUAUCAUGGAGACAAGUUUAUAUUCAGGAUGAAAUUAGAGUGUGGAAUUGGAUUGAAGCCUUCAAUUCCAAAAUGAGUGCAGUGCAGAAAAUUAAACACAUCAACAAACUCGAUCAGCCUAUCAAAUUAUUAGAAAAUAACUUAAACACACCACUUAAUCAUCUAUCGUCGUGUCCCACCAACGUGUUCUCAAUGCGCAGAAAACAAAUAUGCAUUAGCAUGACUCGUCUUAAUAAUUAACCAAUACUACUAGACUUGUCCUUCGGUUAGAAAACUAGUACUAGUGAUGUCGCUUUAACUGCAAUAUUACUUAUAUAUAUAUAUUACAUGGUUUGAAACUUUAAUUUUUUUAUUUUAAGAAAACUACUAUGAAAUUUCCAAAAACCCCUUAACCACACAACGACUUCCAUAUCUACCAUCUUAUUAAAUCAUUCUGCGUCUCACCAAGAAACAGAGAUAAUAAAACCUUCAAUCCCCUAUAAAAAAAUCCAAACACAUGUACAACAACACACAAGAAAAGUCUCAUGCACAUAUGCCAAUGGACCGAUCACCGCCGUUUUCGUCGUCGUCCUCCGACAGCUCUCAGUUCUCCUCCACCAGCUCGUCGCCGGCCAAGAGCACGAGGGUCGUCCUCUCCAUCGAGUGCUUGAAGGGCUCGUCGAAAGCCGACGAAUGGACCGGGGAUAUGCUGCAGACCGGCGACAUAGUGGAGGAGCUCAGAAUCGGAAACAUGAUCGUCAAAUCGCCCUUCAAGAACGGAAAAUCGGGAAUUCAGAAAAUCCUGCACGGAUCAUUCAAGCAGAAGGAGACGUCAAUUCGGGUCCGGGUCAGGCGGGGCUCCGAUGAGCUGGCGGAGCUCCAGGCCUGCAUAGUGCCCGGGGACCAGUUCGUCGGGAGGAAGCACUACGUUCUCCGAGCGAUCGACGACCCGAAUUACGCGGUGGGGUUCAUCGAUCGGACGGAGAGCGAGUGCUUGGAUUUACAAGCCUCAAGGACCUCAAGAAUGGUGAGUGCACUAGAGAGGACUCCGCUUCAGGACGGAUACGUGUCGUAUCCGUGGGAGCGGAGGCUUGUGGAGAUGCUCUCCAUCCCGAAUUCGAGCAGCUUCUAUUCCGUCCUCUUCUUGCCAAAAUCCUCGGACAAGGCAAGCGCACGCUAUAACGACCUAGAGGACACCCUUGCACGAGCCCACGCAUGGAUCAACGCGUCUCAGGCGUCUGGAGUUCCUAUAGUCUUCAUGAAUAUCCAAACGGAAUCACUUCUCACGAAGAUAUCCGGAGACACGGCUUCUUCAACCGUGAAUGCAGGAUCGUUGUCUGACCUGUCAAAUAUCGCAAACACUAGUUUGUAUGGGUUCGAGGACUACCACGGGGUGGACCUUGGUGUGGUGAGAGCCGUUCGUUUGUGGUUCUCCCCUCUAGCCGGGGAGAUCCCCAUCGAGAUCAGGAUCAAAGACACCGAUACCAAGCUUGGAUUCGCUAUUAGCAGGACGCAAGAGGGAUUCAUCUACAUAUCAUCAGUGAUCGAGGGAGCAGACGACGCACCAUCAGCUCGAUCGGGUCUGAGCAGUCUAUACAAGCAGGCAUCCCGAACCUCGCGCCUGCUGGUUGUGUCGCGAAUCUCGAACCAGAAGGUGCUGCCGUGGAUGGUAUCUGCCACGGGCGCGAUCCGCUGCUUCGACACGGUGUCCCUCAGCCAGAAACUGUCACUGCACCGCCACACCAGAGUCCCGAUCCUGGUGCACGUUUUCCUUUGGGACAGAAGCGCCAAUAACGCGAACGUGGGAAGCAUCAGGGCCCGAGCCAUGUCGACGUCGCCUCUGUACCCGCCAUCCACGGAGGCGCACCUAAAGAUGGCGGCUCGGGGGGUGGAAGAGGAAGACGACGGCGACGAAGACUCGGAUGAGGAGGAAACUGUAGCCAGCGAAGGACAGGAGGAUAUUACGAUUGAACGAGAUACAGCAGGGGAAUUUUCGUUCCGGUUGCAUGAUUUUGCUCUUAAAAAUAAUUGGGUGUGAAGAUCUUUAGGAAAAAAUCUUUUCUUUUGUUGUUGUUGGAAGAUUUUUGCUACGUUUAUGGUCUUGGAUUUUUGGUGUAUAUAAGCGCCUCAGUUGAUUAGUUAUCAGUGUGAGUUGAGUUCCUAAUGA